GGCAAACUCAACAGCACCAGCCUGCACCAGCACCUGCACCUGCACACACUGCACCUCGUAGUCGCUUUUGCACAAGCCGAUCCACCUCUCGUUCUGGGAAAAAAGGAUGCCUAUGCCUCGUCGGGGGAAACACUCUCCUUAACCUCGCAACUUUUGCCCCUCGAUUACCUUUUGCGAAGCGGCUGGUGCUGAAUCCGUCUCCGACGACGUCCCCCGUCUCCACGGCGAUAGCGACCUCGAUACUGUAACGGCGAACAACCCCCUUGCCUCCCUCCAAGGGGUUUCGGCACAAAUCCCACGCGCCAGCCACCAGCCACUCUUUGUCCAUCCACGCAUCGCUGUACCAUACCAUUGUUCCAACGUCCCCGUCCGACGUGUGUGCGAACAUACACUUUACUCUAGCCUCCUCGUAUCCGUCCGACGAACAUGCUUUCCACGGCCUCAACGACAUCAUAAGCUACCUACGACUCUACGAUUCCGCUGUAAUAUAAUGAUUUGACGCGAACCGUCCUUUGCUACACAUCUGACCCUAUAUCAUGAACGGGUACUCCCCGGGGAGGCCCUCGCCGCCCCGGGCUGCUGGCCCUGGCGGAAGGUCAAUAGGUGGGGAUGGCCUCAGGAGAGACAUUAUGAACAACUUUGGAGGGGCGCCUCUGCGCGUUAAUCCGGUCAGUCCUCUUCACUGGUCUAGCCCGCUCAGUCCAGACGCAUCUAACACCACGCAGACGAGUGCCAAACUUCCGCCGAGCUCUGCCUUGGUUGAUCUCAAGGACCCGAUUCAAGUCCACUUGUUGACGGAGACGGCGUUGACGGACAGCAAGCAAUACCGAAUAUUGUCGCAGGAGGAAGUGGACGGGCUCAAGAAACAGAUUCAAUCCUUGAGCUUACGGGUGGAACAGACGCGCACGAACCUCGCUAUCCAGACCAAGUACCGAGAUGCCGCUGUUUCCAUGGCUAAGCUGUACUCGCAGCCUGAGGCGGGCAAGAGGAGGAGUCUGAUGGGCAGUAAUCGGAACAGCACGGGAGAGUCUCUGCGUGAGGCCGAGGCGGAACGACAGGCCAGCGAGAAACGAGUCGACGAUCUGUCGAACGAACUGCGGAGCCUCGAACAGCGCCUGGUUGAAUCGCAAAGGGGUCUCCUGGAGCACACCGCCGGCAUCCUCCAGCUAACGCACAAGGCAUCGAAAAAGCCCGUGAAUCAAAUCCCCGCCCAGUUGAUGAACGGAAUACCUGGAAGCCCGGAGAGCCUGUACACCUACUCAAACGGCCGCAAUAGUCUAGAGGUCGGAGACGACCCCUUCGACGAGGAUGGACUUUUCCAAGAUUUGAGCAACAUCAGUCCGCCUCGCGGAAAACCCAGAGUUGCUCCGCUCGAUAUUCCCUCAAAGGCGCCUAGUCGUGAGCAGGAUACCCAGCUACGGGAGGAGGCUGAAAAGCUGAGGGAGGAGAACGCAAAAUUACGCGCGCAAGCCGACGCGUUGAACAGCCUUCGGGAAGAGAAUAGCCAGCUUCAGGCACAAACCGAUGCCUUAAGCGGCGAGAUUGAUUCUCUCAAAAAGGAGAACGCACAAUGCCUACAGUCCGUUUCUGAUGCGGAACGGAAGCUAACGACAUACAACCAAACUCUACGAGACGUAAUUAUAAACUUUAAUCCAGCCAAGAACGGAGGCUUCCGGGAACCUCCCUUACUAGUAGUUGAAGGACCAGCCAAUCCUGGCGCUACACUAGGAAGCCAAUUCGAGUACCUGGAGGCAUGUCUGUCGACUGUACGCCAGGAACAAGAGCUUCAAGGACAGUCGACUGGUAGUCUUCAGGACGCGGAGGCUGCCGCAGCUCAGGCAUCUAUCGCCCUCACGCAGGCAGAAGGCCGUCUCGAGGAUGUAAACCAGAAAAUGCGGGAUCUUCUUGUCGGAGUUGAUCCAAGCUACCCUGAAGUUCCGGACUCUGGCAUCGACGCGCAGUUCGAGUGGCUUCAGAGCGCUCUAACUGUUGUGGAGGAGGAGAUGAAGAAGAAUGCCAGCAAGUCGGCUGUCAAGAAGCAAGACGACGAGCAGGCUGAGGUCGUACUGAUGGGCCUGUGGGAGAUCAUCCAGACUGGUUUCGCAAGCAUUCAGCAGCAGAAGGCAGAUCGUCGCCGUACACGUAUGGAGCAGGGCAGAUCUGACAACGAUGAUGAUAUGUCUGGAGACGAAGCUGUCGAUACAUCAGAGCCUUACUCGUUGUCGGCAUUCUCUACAAAGGUCCAGUGGCUCUACAGCCAAGCCACGAGUCUCAAGGAGCAGAAGUCCGUUCUCAAGCGCCAGAUCAAGCAGCAGCGAGAGUUGAAUAACAAGUCCGACUCGCAAAAGGAUGAGGAGCUGAAGACCAAGCAAGACCAACUCGACCAGCUUCGAUCAGCCCAGAUGCGAGCUGAGGAAGAGAAAGCACUCGAGCUUACACUCAAGCAGGACCAGUUGGACCAGCUUAGGUCACUGCUCGAACGGUCCGAGGAGGAGGUUGCUGAGGCUCAGGAGAAGCUCGCCAAGGCGCAAAAGGAGGCAGAGGUCGCCACCACUACGCGCAUGGCCAACGAGUCCAGCAGUGCCAAAUCCCAAGACGAGAUCAGGGAGCGUGAUGCCAAGAUCGCAUCUCUGGAGGCAAGCAGCAAGGAGGCCCAGACGACACUUGCCAGUCUCAAUACGAACGUUCAGGACAUGAACAGCAAGCUGAGCAAGGCCAACGAAGAAUUGGCGCUCUUGACGACGAGGCUGGCUGGAGCCGAGAAAGCCGCAGUCGAAAAGCAGCAAGAGGUUGCAGCCAAGGAUAAGGAGGUCAAGGAGAAGGAGGAAGAGAUUGAACGUUUCAAUAUGAUGAUCGUCGAGCUCAAGACGGAGUUGACGAUUGCACAAGCCGAGCUCGAUGGUGCAUAUGGCUCUCGUAAGGAGAGGGCCAACCAGGCUGCGGCUGUUAAGAGCACCGUCGAGGUGACCCAGCUCAAGGCAGAGGUUGACAGGCUUAAGGAGGAGCUCGCUUCGACACUCAAGGAGCUGGAGAACAUCACGGCCGAGACGAUUAAUGCCGAAAGGGAGAAGUUUGAGGUCGAGACCAAGCUCGAUGACGCGCUUGCAGUCAAGUCGAGUCUCGAGGGCGAGAUCAGCUCAUUGAAGGACCAGCUUGACGCCGAGGUCAACAAUUCGAGGUCCAAGAUGUCGAAGCUGCAGGAGGAGCUUGACGACGCGCGCCUCAAGGUGACUCCAGGCACUGGCGCUCGUGGUGCUGGCGCAUCGAUGCUCAGCGAACAGUUCCGCACUACGAUGAGAGAGGAGAGGAAGAAGUUCCAAGAGGACAUGAGGGAGGAGCAAGCUAAGAGGAGAAGACUCGAGGAAGAGCUGCAAAAGAUACGAAAGACACAGGGUCCUGGACGGAGCCCCUUGAGCCCGCGAUGAAGACUGCCACGACGAACCCCUCGGUGCCAACAAGAACAACCAACAAUAAUAUGAGUUAUCGCACAUCUAUCUAUUCCCACGGCGUACCGCAUUUCAACUUAUCACACCCUCGUCCAUUGCAAUUAUGUACUACUAGCACGAAUCCGCGUCGCCUCGUCUUCGUUUUCUACCUGUUUCUUUUUUGCAUAGCGGGAUGAUAGACAGAGGAGACAGAAAAGGGGGAAGUGAAAACAUGUUGUUCUUUUUCUGGGGUUGGAUACUAGUACCUAUUAUUAUUUGCUAUUCUGGCACGCCUCUAGACGGGUUACAUCGAAGGUAUCUCUGGAUGGUCUGUUGUCCGACGUUGCUGUAAAAAGGCCUCAUUUUUGUAUAACCAAGGUUUGCUGUUUUCUGGAUACCAAGAAAGAAAGGGGGGAGAGCAUGCGUGGUGUGAAGAAUGAUAGUGA